AUGCCGUCUCUAGCUCCAACACAACGACUUCUUCUCUUCCUGGCGCUUGCCUCGUCGACAUACGCAUAUAGCAACAACCUAUGGCAAGUAGACUUCGACACCUUUUCAAAAUGGAAAAUCAUCCAGGAUCCCGGAGAGAAUGGAUGUUUGGCUCAAUACGAGAGCCUCAACCUAGAACCCAAGAAUUCUAAGGCAACCGACCUCGUGAACUGCAUACUGGAUAACACCGAUGAGGUCACUAAAUCUGAGUUCGGCACCGUCGCUGUCAUGCUUGGUCUGCUUCCUGGCGUGCUGCAGAUGAUCGGCCCUAAAUUCAGUGAUCUCGCCGUCCUUGCUACGCGCAGACCCAUUCUAGCGCUAUUCCUAACAAUCGGAUCGCCAUGCCCAGCUCUUGACUACGAAACCACAGGCAUGGAGUCCUUUCUCGUCGAGAAGCCGGAGCCUUUCUGGCCGACAUGGCUCUCGGAACGACCCUGGUUGAACGCCAUUGUUUCCUUCGUCGAAUACUUCGCUGUCAUGCUUGCCGCUGGAAACGUGGUCUACCAAUUCUACCGCCUCACCUUCUAUGCCACCGUACUGAUCAGCACGCAACUGGGGCAAUAUGGUGGAACGCUCGAGGCCUUUGCUCCGCUGCUCUGGGUGUUCCUUGGGAUCCCCAUACACGGUUUGGGCAUGCUUCAAAUACAUUGGUGCCGGGCUCCAAGGGAUGAUUCUGCUUCGACGAAGUCACGGAACGCAACCACGUUGGGCUCGCUACUCCACAAUGAAAUCACGCCUUGUGCCUUCGCCACGGAUAUCGAUCCCAAUGACGCCAUCAAGCUCCAGAAUAGCUCCGUCUAUCAGCUCCUCAACUGGCUGAUCAAGCUCUGCAUCUGGGCCGAUGUGAUAUACGGUAUUAUUGUCCUCUCGACUAUUCUGUUUGUCCCGAUGUGGAGCGCAAUCUGGAUGGUUGGUCUCAUCUUCACCGGUACGCUUAUCUGCAGGCUCGUCUUGGCUUUUGAGAUUCAUGGGAUGCGCGAGGUGCCGAGGGCACGGGAAAAAGCGUAUCUGGAGCCCGGCUCAGCUGGUUAUGAGAUGACACCGCUUGUCCCUGGAAAUGGGAAGGUGGCUCGGGAGCAUUCUUUACCUCUGUCUCAUCGUUGA